AUGAUUUAAAGUUCUAAUACGACUAAAUAAGGCAGCUUAUUUCUAAAUAUUGAGAAAUAAACUGAUAAAUCUAAGAAAAAAACUAGGAAAUCCUUGUCUAAAGGUAGGCCAUCCAAAUCUAAAAAAUAGAAACAAAUUUCCCCAGUGGGUAAAACGCAAUCUACUGAGAGUACAUACGGGUAAUCUUAAGGGAAUGAAGGCAAGGAUGAUCAAUAAAAUGAUAUAGAACGUCGUAGGACAAGCAAAAAAUCAAUAAAAAAGAACCGAGUCCCAAAGGAUGACCCAGAGGUUAUUCAUGACGAUCCCCUCCUCGAAUAUAAAAGUAAUAAAACAGCACACAUGAAUCUGCUUGGUAAGCGGUUUAAGAUUGAGGAUGAGAUGCUCGGAUUUGGUUCGUUUGGGAGAACGUAUCUCGGUUAGGACAUUAAAAGAAAGAAAAGAGUCGCAAUCAAAAUUAUGCUAAAGAAAAAAUCAAUGGAUUCUUUUGUAAGAGAAGCGACUGUGCUGAAGUCUGUCAAUUAUUUGAAACAUCCAGGCUUUCCUAAGAUGUUGAUGUCAGCCUACAAUGAGGAUAUUUGCAUUCUAGUUGAGGAAUUAUUGGGCUAAAACUUGGAAACUCUCAGGAAGAAGUAUGGUCGAUUAUCAUUAGCCGUAGUUUGCAGUAUUGGAAUCUAAUUGGACCUUCACAAUUGUGGAUUCAUUCACCGUGAUAUUAAACCAUAAAAUAUACUCUUAGGAAGUGAGGAUCCUGAAAAAGCAAAUAAAGUAUAUUUGAUAGACUUCGGUCUGUCAAUAUCCUACCUAGAAAAUGAGACAGGAAAGCAUUAUAAAGAAAAUCCAAACCAUAACUAUAGUAACGUAGUUGGCACAGCACUUUUUGCCAGCAUUAAUGCUCAUAACGGUAGAGAUUUAAGUAGAAGGGAUGAUAUAGAAUCACUAGUAUAUACCUUAAUCUAUUUAUGCCAAGGUACAUUACCAUGGAAAAAUAUUAAUGAAAAGAAAAAAAAGGAAAGACAUCAGAUUAUAAUGUUCAUGAAGGACACAAUUUCCAGUAGCAGAGAUCACUAAUAAAAUCUUAACUUUGUUCCUGUAGAAAUAUUUUAGAUGCUUAGCUACUGCUAGGAACUGCAAUUCGAUGAUAAACCAAAUUACACAUACUUAAAGAAGUUACUCCAAGAAGCAAUUAAAAGAAACUAUUCUAUUAGGAGAAUUAAUGAUAUAGAUUUGCUGAAAAAUAACAAUGAAGAGAGUAAAAAAGUAAAUAACAUGUCAAUGCAGAGCCACCUUAGUCUAAUGGCAGGUUAAUUGAACAGUUUUUCUAAAGAAAUCAGCCUUAAUCAUCCCCUAGACAAUGUAAAUUAAUAAAAUGCUCUGAUAGAUAUUGAUUCGAUUGCCUUUAACUUUGGGUUUAACAAAAAUGGUGCGGCUGAUCAUGAAAGUGAUAAUCUUGUCUCAGUCUAGUCUAAUGAGCAACUUGCUUUCAGAUCAGAAAUUGAUGGUAGAUCAAACUAGAAUGAUUAUAAAGAUGAAAUCAUGAAUAAGAUUAACCCCUCUAUGUUCCGAUAGAUCUUCAACGGUAACGUUGAUGAAAAUAUCAAAAUCGGACAACUUAUUGAAGAAAUCCCUGAAGUUGAAGAAGAUGAUAGUUAUGGGGAACAGGAUGAUGAUGAAGAAGGCGAAGAAGACCCUGAUGAAGAGUCAAAAUUAAGCCCACUGCAUGCCAAGUACAGAAGAAAAAGCAUCAUCAAAAGGCAUAAGCAAAGAGUGAAUAUAGAGGAACAAGAAGAUGAAUGCGAAGAUGUACUUGCAUAGGAUAACAUAGAUGUGAAUCUAAACUGUAAUAAUUAAAAUAAUGAUGGAGACGGCGAUGGAGGAGAAGAAGAUGAUGAAGACGAGGAUAUAGAAAUGGAUUGCGAAGAAGAUAUACCAGAUGAUAAUGAGGUCUCCAAAUAGAUUUCAGGAUACUCUCUUAAAGCAAAUGACAACAAUCUUAAAGGCUUUAAAGGCAUAAUAAACUAGGUAAAUACCCAAUGA